CAGGUGCAGCGCCGCUCCACUUGCACCUGACAACAAACGGACUUAUGAUCUCAACAACGUCCAGCACGGCCGACAUGGUUACACAAGGAAAAAUGGAGAUCAACGCUGUGGAGAAUGUCGAAGCUAAAAACACAAGGGGACUGGGAUGUUUCGGUUGGCUGUUGGUCCUCAUAUCCCUCCUCUUUGUAACAGCGACCUUCCCGCUCACAAUAUUUAUGUGUGUUAAGAUAGUGAAGGAGUAUGAGCGAGCCGUCAUUUUUAGACUCGGCCGGAUCACCGGCAGGAAACCUAAAGGGCCAGGACUUUUCUUUGUUCUGCCUUGCACGGAUACCCUUGUGAAGGUCGAUCUGAGAACUGUGUCCUUUGACAUCCCUCCACAAGAGAUCCUAACCAGAGACUCCGUGACAGUGUCUGUGGAUGGCGUGGUGUACUUCCGCAUACACUGCCCCAUCUCAUCUGUGGCCAAUGUGUCCAACGCACACUCGUCUACACGGCUGCUUGCUCAAACCACCCUGAGGAAUGUACUCGGUACCAAAAACCUUGCAGAACUGCUGUCUGACAGAGAGGGCAUAUCGCACAGUAUGCAGGAAUCUCUGGAUGUGGCCACUAAUCCGUGGGGUAUUAAGGUGGAGCGUGUGGAGAUCAAGGAUGUGAAGUUGCCUCAGCAGCUGCAGAGAGCCAUGGCAGCAGAGGCAGAAGCCAGCCGGGAGGCCAGAGCCAAGAUCAUUUCUGCAGAGGGAGAGAUGAAUGCCUCCAGGGCUCUGAAAGAAGCCUCUCUGAUUAUUUCGGAGUCCCCCUCUGCUCUCCAGCUGCGAUACCUGCAGACCCUCCACACCAUCGCAGCAGAGAAGAACUCCACCAUCAUCUUCCCCAUGCCCAUGGAUAUACUGCAGAAUUUUAUGAAGUAAUGGUAUUAUUGUUAUAUAGUAAUUGUUACUGUUAAAGCAUGGAGAAAAUGACAAUGGUUUAUUUGUUUACUAUAUGCAAUUUAUGUUGCUAUUCUGGUAUCUGGUCCUUUGCUGUGAAUAAUGGUGUCUUUGUAAGCCUGUUUUGGCUGGGCAUAUUUUUUGUUAUGCAUGACACAAUAAUAAAAAUUAUUUAUUCAUU